AUGUCCGGACUUAGGACGCUUUACGAUAAGGUAUUCGAGGACCACGUUGUUCACAAGGACGAAUCCGGUUCUUACUUGCUAUACAUUGACAGACACUUGGUUCACGAAGUGACAUCCCCACAAGCUUUUGAAGGGUUAAAGAACGCUUCCAGACAAGUUAGAAGAAAGGACUGUACCUUGGCAACUGUUGACCACAACAUUCCAACUUGGUCAAGGAAGAACUUCAAAAGCCCGGAAACUUUUAUCAAGGAAGCAGACUCCCUACUACAAGUGCAGACGUUGCAGGCCAAUGUUAAGGACUUCGACGUUCCGUUUUUUGGAAUGACUGACGCCAGACAAGGUAUUGUUCAUGUUAUUGGACCAGAGCAAGGCUUCACGCUUCCUGGUACUACUGUGGUGUGCGGUGAUUCACACACUUCCACGCACGGUGCGUUUGGGUCUCUAGCCUUUGGCAUCGGUACUUCUGAGGUCGAACAUGUUUUGGCCACCCAGACCAUUAUCCAAGCGAAGUCGCAAAACAUGAGAAUUUUCAUCGAGGGUAAAUUGAUGCCGGGCGUUACCUCCAAGGAUUUGAUCUUGCAUAUUAUUGGUGUUAUUGGUACUGCUGGUGGUACAGGGUGUGUUAUUGAGUUUGCUGGUGAGGCUAUUGAGGAUCUGACCAUGGAAGCUCGUAUGUCCAUGUGUAACAUGGCCAUCGAAGCGGGUGCCAGAGCCGGUAUGAUCAAGCCUGAUCAGACCACAUUUGACUACGUAAAGGGAAGACCACUCGCUCCGCAAGGCGUUGAAUGGGAAAAGGCUAUUUCCUACUGGAAAACUCUACAUACUGACGAAGGUGCCAAGUUCGAUUUUGAUAUCAAGAUCAAAUCCUCAGACAUUAUCCCAACUAUCACCUGGGGUACCUCGCCACAGGACGCUCUCCCAAUCACCGCUUCUGUCCCAGAUCCAGUCAACGUAUCGGAUCCGAUCAAGAAAGCCAUGAUGGAAGGUGCUUUGAAGUACAUGGGGUUGGAGCCUAACACUCCUCUCAAGAGCAUCAAAAUUGACAAGGUUUUUAUUGGGUCCUGCACUAACUCUCGUAUCGAAGAUUUGAGGGCUGCUGCGGCCGUUGUCAAAGGUCACAAAAAGGCUAAAUCGAUUAAGCUAGCUAUGGUUGUGCCAGGUUCGGGACUUGUCAAAGAACAAGCUGAAAAAGAAAACUUGGACAAAAUCUUUGAAGAGGCUGGAUUUGAGUGGAGAGAGGCCGGUUGUUCCAUGUGUCUUGGUAUGAAUCCAGAUAUCUUGGAUCCAGAAGAGCGCUGUGCCUCUACUUCGAACAGAAAUUUUGAAGGGCGCCAGGGAGCUAGAUCUCGAACUCAUCUAAUGUCCCCAGCCAUGGCAGCUGCAGCAGGUAUCAGCGGCCAUUUUAUUGACAUUAGGGAGUUUGAAUACAAAGAUAAUGACAUUCCAAAGGUAACAAUUGAGCAGGAAGUGGCGGAUAAAACUUUGCAAGAUGCCAUUUAUGAUCACGAGAAGCAGCCUAUACAAAAGGGAGAAUCUGCUGAUGAGCUAGAAGACGACGAAGUACGCGAUAUUCCACCAGCUGAUCAUAUUGCACAAGAAACUCCUUUGAAGGGCGCUCCAGUGUCAGCACCAUCCGGAAUGGAGCCAUUCUUGACUGUCACUGGCAUUGCCGCUCCUUUGGACAAGGCUAACGUUGAUACCGAUGCCAUUAUUCCAAAGCAAUUUUUAAAAACUAUCAAGAGAACUGGUUUGAAAGCAGGUUUAUUUUAUGAAUGGCGUUUUGCCAAAGAUGCUAAUGGCCAAGAUCAAAGUCGUGGUUUUGUUUUGGAUACUGAACCUUACACCAAAGCACAGAUUCUUGUUGUCACUGGUGAUAACUUUGGUUGCGGAUCUUCAAGAGAACAUGCCCCUUGGGCUCUAAAGGACUUUGGUAUCAAGUCGAUCAUUGCUCCUUCUUAUGGAGAUAUCUUUUACAACAACUCCUUCAAGAACGGAUUGCUACCCAUUAGACUUCCUCAAGAUGUUAUUUUGGAGAAGCUCUAUCCUCUUGCUCAAGCUGGCCAGGAAAUUAAAAUUGAUCUAUCCAGCCAACAGAUUUUAGACUCCCAAGGAAAUAUUCUUGUAGAGCACUUUGAUAUCGAGCAAUUCAGAAAGCAUUGUCUGAUCAAUGGUCUGGACGACAUUGGCAUUACCUUGCAAAAAGAAGCAUUCAUUUCAAGCUAUGAAGAAAAAAGAAGAGAUGUUUUUUCGUUUUUAGAGGGAGGUUCGAAGUUGGUAAAGCCCGUGGUUGGCUCCAAGAAGAGCCCCUAUGGAAAUACCGCCCAAGAAUGGUAA